GGUGCGGCAGGGAGAGAGAGAGGAGAAAAGGGCGGGGGGGGGGGGGGGCUGAUGCUGCAAAUCCCCUCCCCCCACUGCUGCUGCAGAUCCCCUCCCCCCACUGCUGCACCCGCAGCAGGGGUGGAGGAGAAAGGGGGGGGCGGGGGGGGCUGGUGCUGCAGAUCCCCUCCUGCCUCCCUCUGA